AUGUCUACUAAAACCAACAAAAGAGAAGCUCCGGCUCAGGACCACACAGUUCAAGGUCUGUCGAGUUCGGCUCAAGGUCCUCGACCAGGCUACUUCAUAGUCCGCAAGACGGGACAAGUCGUACCGCUAGUAGCGGUUGAUGAACUACCCCCAGGUGUGGAUUUAAUAGGGGUACCGAGAAAUCUAGAUUUAGUGGAGACAGGCGGAAUGUUGAACUUGGGGUUGCAGGGAGGAGCACAACCUGGUGCUCCGGGUGGUGGGGGCUUUUAUGGCUUGGUUGGAUUGGAGGGGGAUGAAGAGGGAGAUGAGUAUGAAGAUGAAGAUGGAGCGGUGGGAAGUAGUGGAUCCGAUACUGCAGUUUCUAGUCCUCUUGUGCUACCCAUUCGAUCCUCCGCGUUGACCACAGCCACAAAUACCAAAAAUCUAUCCACAAAAUCACACUCCUCACCGGGCCUGUCAACAUCAAUCCACGCCCCUUUGCGCAAUGCCACAUCGACACUAGAAAUACAGCAGCAAGGACAACAGCAAACAUGUCGACAUUGGUGUACACAUAAUAGAAGAUGCAAGUGGGCGGAGAAUUGUCGGUAUAAACAUGAGAUGCCUAGAACGAGAUUUGAACUUGGGUUGAUUGGGUUGAGUGAUUGGCCGAGUUGGUUUAAGGCGGAGAAUUUGGGAUUUUUUCCUGGGUAUGGGAGGGGGGUUGAUAGGGGGGUGGAGAGGUUGAGAGAUUUGGAUGUGGGGGGUGGGAUGGAGAGGAAGGAGAGGGAGAGAGGUAGUAGUAGGGUUGGGAGAGAAAUGGAGAGGGGAUCUGGGAUGGGAGUUUUGGAGGGUGAGAGGGUACUUGAGAGGUUGAGGGAGAUGGAGAAGCUGCUUAGGGGUAAGGUUGUUGUGGGAAAGGGUAGGGAUGAGAAGAGGGUGGAUACGAAAAUCAGAGAAGAGAAGAGAGUUAGAGAGAAGGAGAAAGAGAAGCUCAAAGAGAGGGAGAGGGAAAGAGAAGAAAAAAUGGAUAUCAGAAGAGCGGAAGCGAAAAGGGAGAGGGAGGCUUCGAAUAGAAUCGAUCGGGGAGAUUUGGAGGGGACGAGAAAAUGGGAGGAUGAUAGUGACGAGGAUAGUGAUGAUGAGGUGAGUAAGAGAGGAGGGAAUAAGAAGGUGUUGGAGCAGGUGGAGAAGAGUAAGGGUUCUGGUGGGGAGAAGGAGAAGUUGGUUGAUGUUUGA